AAACACCAUCCAAAGCAUUGUCCAGCAUCGGCAUUCAUUCGCACCGCACCACCGCUCCCAACCUGUUCCGAAGCUGCAGGACCAGUGGUGAAUCCGGACGUAAUCAGCACACCAUGGCAUCCGAUGUGGGACUCCCCCGCGCCACCUUUGCCAAACUCUCUCCUCAUCCCUACCUGCUCGCCAACCUCGAACCCUCAAACGACGAUGUGCCUCCCGCCAGGAGCAACGGCCGCGCCCCUCAAGAAGUUCGGCCGCCGACAAUAAAUCUUUCAAGUUUGUCGCAUGCACAUGGAAGCGCAGUUGUGCGCAUGGGCGACACCACGGUCAUCUGCGGCGUCCGCGGCGAGACGAUCCUUACGUCAAACAUCCCGAACCAUAGAGCAUCAAAUGUUGAGACGGAGCUCAGGGACUAUGACCUCCUGGUGCCGAACAUCGAGCUUGCCACUGGAUCUGCACCGCAAUUUCUCCCCGGCGGCCCCCCGACCACGCUGGCUCAAACUCUGAGCACGAGGAUAUACUCUUUGCUCCACAGCUCCAAACUUAUCGAGCCUGACGACCUGCGGAUAUGGCACACGAGGCCCUCUGAGCAGUUGGCUGCGGACGACGACGCCAUGGACCAAGACACCGGGGAGGAUGGCGAUGCGGGCAGCGGCGACAAAUACGUCGUUGCAUACUGGGUGCUAUACAUCGAUAUCUUCUUCGUCUCGUUUGACGGGAACCCGUUUGAUGCCGCCUGGGCUGCCACAGUUGCGGCCCUGCGCGACACCAAAAUUCCCCGAGCGCGCUUUGAUAGCGACAGAGAGCUUGUGAUAUGCUCGCGGAGGGACCCGAAGUCCCUGACGAUCCACGGUAUGCCUGUAGCCUGCACCGCGGCCGUGUUCACGGGCAAAGAAACAGAUCGGCCGACCGAUGGAAGGUAUUGGCUGCUGGUAGACCCGGAUUUACUAGAGGAAUCUCUUUGCGACGAAAGCGUCACGAUGGUGGUUGACUGCAGUGGCGGGGAUACGAAGUUCCUGUCCAUCUCCAAACAUGGCGGCGUCAUCCUCAGCCCCAAGCACCUGCGAUCAAAGCAGCUCAUCGACUGGACCGCCAAGCGGUGGAAAGAUGUUGCUGCCGCAAUAAGUCAAUAGUGGACGAAAUAUGAUACCCUGGCAACAAUUGUAACAUCACGAUCACCCAAUGACUGUAUUCAAGUGUCACGCUCAGGUCUUGUUGUGCUUCACAGAGUGGCGGCGGGAUGCGCCC